AUGAAAUCAGACUUCAAGUUCUCCAAUUUGCUUGGAACCGUGUACAGACGGGGGAACCUUGUGUUUACCGAAGAUGGAACCAAGCUUCUCAGCCCCGUGGGAAACCGGGUUUCCUGUUUCAACUUGAUCAAAAACGAGUGUUUUACAUUCAACUACGAGCAUCGCAAAGAUGUCACCACCAUAGCCCUCAACAAACAAGGAACCCUAAUGUUGAGCGUGGACGAGGACGGGAGAGCCAUUCUCAUCAACUUUGUGGCAAGGACGGUUUUGCAUCACUUUAACUUCAAGGACAAAGUGCUUGAUCUCAAGUUCAGUCCUUGUGGAAAUUACUUUGCAAUCGCCUGCAACAGGUUCAUACAGGUGUGGAAAACCCCCGACUUCACCGACGACCGUCAGUUCCUGCCAUUUGUGCGCCACCGGGUAUACUCGGGCCACUACAGUGACGUGACGUCGAUUUCGUGGUCCAAAGACUCGAGAUUCUUCUUGUCGACCUCUAAAGAUAUGACCUCCAAGGUCUACUCAUUGCACUCAGAUGAAAGCAGUGUGGCCAUGACAUUGGCCGGGCACAGAGACUACGUGGUGAAUGCCUUCUUCAACGACACGCAAGAAAUCAUCUAUACGUUGAGCAAAGACGGUGCUUUAUUCCGUUGGGAGUAUACUGAACGACCCGGUGAAGAAAGCGACAGCGACGAUGAAGAAACUGAUACAGAAAAACCCCAGAAGCACUUGAGCUGGAGAAUCACCGCCAAAAACUUCUUCUACGCCGACAGCCACGUCAAGUGUGCCACGUUCCACCCCCAACUGAAUCUUUUGGUGGUUGGUUUCAAUAACGGGGAAUUCAGACUAUAUGAGCUUCCAGAGUUCGUAUUGGUGCAACAGUUGCUGAUGGGCCAAAACCCUAUCAACACCGUCAGCAUCAACCGCACUGGCGAGUGGCUAGCCUUUGGGUCGUCCAAGCUCGGCCAGUUGCUUGUAUACGAAUGGCAGUCCGAAUCGUAUAUUUUGAGACAGCAGGGCCACUUCGAUUCUAUCAACUGCAUCUGCUAUUCGCCCGACGGUGGACGAAUAAUCACCGGCUCUGAUGACGGGAAAAUCAAGGUCUGGGACAACCGAUCUGGUUUCUGCCUCAUGACAUUCACAGAACACACCUCCAGUAUCACCGGCCUUCAGUUUUCUAAAAAGGGACAGGUCUUGUUUUCGUCGUCGUUGGACGGAACCGUACGGGCCUUCGACUUGCUCAGGUACAGAAACUUCCGGACAUUCACCGCCACCGAAAGAAUCCAGUUCAACUGUUUGGCAGCGGAUCCUAGUGGAGAGGUGGUGGUGGCCGGGUCUCAGGACUCGUUUGACAUUUUUGUGUGGUCGGUGCAGACGGGGCAGUUGUUGGACCGACUCUCCGGACAUGAAGGGCCUAUUUCAGGGCUUUCUUUCGGGGUGGAAUCCUCGGUGUUGGCAUCUGCUUCCUGGGACAAGACCAUUCGAAUCUGGAGCAUUUUCAGCCGGUCUCAACUGGUGGAGCCCAUUGAAGUCCAGUCAGACGUGUUGAGUAUAGCCAUGAGACCCGACUCCAAGGAAGUCAGUAUCAGCACGUUGGACGGGCACAUUGUGACGUUUGACGUGGAAGACGCCAAACAAGUGCAUCUACUCGACGGGAAAAGAGAUAUUAUUGGAGGUAGGUACAAGGAGGACCGGUUCGAGGCGAAAAACUCUGCCCGGGCCAAGAACUUCACCACCAUCGACUACUCGUUUGAUGGAAACUUCAUCAUUGCUGGGGGAAACAACAACUCAAUUUGUCUCUACGACGUGAAAAACGAGGUGCUUCUCAAGAAGUUCAAAGUAUCAGAAAACAUGAAAUUGGACGGGACGUUGCAGAAGCUCAACUCCAAGAACAUGGCUGAUGGUGGGGCCCUUGACUUGGUGGACCGGGCUGGGGAAAACAGUGAUUUGGAGGACAGAGUGGACAAUUCGUUACCGGGAUCCCGCAAAGGAGACCCUAGUUUAAGAAGCACUCGGCCAGCCAUCCGAGUGGCUUCCAUUCGCUUCAGUCCUACCAUCUCUUCCUUUGCAGCCGGCUCUACCGAAGGACUAAUGGUGUACUCGGUGGACAACGAAAUGGUGUUUGACCCAUUUGAGUUGGACAUCGACAUCACGCCGCAGACGAUUAUUGAAACCUUGGAAGAAAAGGAUUAUUUAAAGGCAUUGAUCAUGAGUUUCCGGAUGAACGAAGUCAAGUUGAUCCGGCUUGUCUACGACUCGAUCCCCGUCAAGGAUAUCAAGGUUGUGGCCAAAGAUAUUCCUGUGGUAUAUUUGGAGCGACUUUUGAGGUUUAUCGGUGAGAGAUCCAUCGAUUCAAUUCACUUGGAAUUGCACUUGAUUUGGAUCAACAGCUUGUUGUUGAGUCAUGGUCAGUACAUAGGUGUGCACCGGUACGAGUUCACCCAUGCGAUGAAGUUGUUGAGUCGGUUUUUGAACAAGUAUGCAAAAAGUAUUGUCAAGAUCUCCAAAAACAGCGAUGCGUUGACGGGAUUUUUGACGGCAGCCGUGAAAUCAAAGGACCAGGCAGAGGAGUUUGAGGGGUUUGAAGAGAGUGAACAUGAGGACAUGGAUGAAGAUAGUGAUGAGAGUGAGGGCGAGUGGCUUGGACCCACUGCCGAUUCCAAGGGAUUUGCAGAUGUUUUCGAAGAUGCCGUCGACAUGGACGAGUAA